AUGCCUCCCAGGCCAGUCAAUUUCUUUCAUAGGUCAACGAAUCUCCGGUCAACGUUAGGUCAAACUCGCGGCUCCACGUCGUGCUCUGCCUCCCCCGCGCGGUCCUCGCAAUCCUCCGCCUCCUCCUCCCCCUCCGCAUGCCAGAGCGGCAUCGAAGGCGCAGCAGCAGAUGAGGCGCGCCGGCAGCCGGUGUUGACGGCGGGCGAGACCAUAUCGCGCUGCCUCGCGACGCCCACCACCAGCCCCAUCUGGCCGCUCAGCACGCCGCCCUGCUCCUCCUCCCCGCACGCCUCCCCCGCGUUCUUCUCCCCCUCAUGGCGCCCGCUACUGCCGCUCUCCACCUCCAUCGCCACCACGUGCCUCGCGUCGCUAGGCGCGCCGUGCGCGCCGGAUUUCAACGCGGGGAAGGAGACGCCGUGGUGCUUGGCGCACGGCGGCGGUAACAGACCGGCGGGCGGAGCAUCGGCGGGCGGAGCGGCGGAUUCCGCGCGCGCCGCAUGGACGCUGCCGAGGAUCACCUCCGCCGCGCCCUACGGCACGUGGCGGCGCGUGAUGCCGUGCGCGCCGCCGCCGGCGGCUGUGAUCACGCGCCGCCUGCACGACGCGCAGCUGCUGGGGCAGGUGCCCGGCCUCGCCUUCUGCUCGCGGCCUGUCGACGGCGACGCCGAUAAGAGGUCG